ACAACAAAUUCCACUUCAUUCCCAAUUUUUAUCUCGACUAGAGAACAUUUCCGAAAACUUUGUGUGUCCAUUGUAAACUAAAAAAGAAAACACAAUUCAUCAGCCAUUGUUGUUAUUGUGAAGUGAAACAUUUAUAUAUCAAAACUUUAGAUAUUUUUUUUUAUUAUUGACACAUUUUGAACCAUAACGACCGUAUCGAAAAUGCGUAAAAAUCGAAAUUCAGAUGGAGUGACCAGCAGUCACAACGAUUCCGAAGAAGAGGAACAAGAACAAUCAGUUGACGAUUCAGAAGAAGAUUGGAAACCAGAAAAGAAAGGACCAGGUGGUAAAGGUAAACGUAGAUCGGUUGGAGCAUCACCGAAAGGACGUGCAAAAAAAUCGAAAAAAGAAGAAUCCGAAGAAGAGUCGGAAGAAGAAGAAGAAGAUGACGAAGAUGAUGAUUUUGAAUCCGAAGAAUCGGAUGACGAUGGAAAGGGGAAAAAAUCGGGCAGUGCCAAAAAGUCAAGAAUGUCGGUGGGAAAAAACCAACCCGACAAAGAUGGCAACAUGGAAUUGUAUUUGUUUAAAAAUGAUCUAACAAAAGAUUUCCGAACCGAUGAAAAGCUAUGCAUGUGGCGACGCGAUGGUGCCAGUUUACUGCAGAAGUAUAUGGUUGUCACCGAUGAAUCGCAAGCCAGUGAAAUCAUCUUCAAGGCAUCGUCGGUAUAUUCAUGUUGGGAGGAAAAACGUAAAAACGAUUUCUUUCAAAUUAAAGUUCAACUUGUUGGUGACAAAAAGGAGGGAAAAGUUAAAGUUGUCGAUAUUCCUGAAUUUGAAAAGUACGCCGUUGAAGAUCGGCCAAAGGUUGACAUAACACCAAGAGGAGCUGAAGGUGGUGAAAAUUAUGAAGUUGGAUCUGAGGAUGAGUUCGACAAUGAGAACGAUAAUGACAAUGACAAUGAAGACGACGAGGAUUGAAAGCAACAAUGGAAACAUCAGAUGGGAAUAAUAAUUCAUGUGGAUCAUAAAUCAUUUAAACAUUUGACAUAAAUGAAAAUAAGUUUUAAAUUUCAAUAAAACAAAAACACAUCAUGCACUCUAAAGUAUAAAUAAAAA